AUGUUCCAAACCAUGUCCGAUCCACCAAAUGAUUUUUUCCAAUUCUACCACCAAAGUUUCCCAAACCAACCCCCUCCUCCGAACUACACCACUAUUGCUACCAACACCACCCCCGUUACAACCUUACCCCCCGACACCAUUAACCCAACUUCACCAACAUCCGCCACCAAUCUAGGCCCAGACGGCCGUGUCUCGAAGCCUAUCCGAAGAAGAUCACGAGCCUCAAGACGAACUCCCACCACUUUACUCAACACAGACACUACCAAUUUCCGUGCCAUGGUGCAACAGUUCACCGGAGGCCCGAUUGCACCUUUUGCAGCAUCAGCAUCGUCUGCAUCACCAAAUUUCUCAACUCUGGCCGGCCUUGGUCUCGGCCCCGGCCCACGGGCUUCUUCCCACCCUAUGAAUCAAACUAUGAUCUCUCAUCAUCCUCUCUACCAACAUCCACAACAGCUUCAACAAUAUCAACAACACUACAACAACAUGUAUAGUGGCACUGGCACUGGCAACGUAGGAGGAGAUGAAAACCUGUUUUUUCAGAGACUUAUGAGCAACCCAAGACCUCCAAACAAUGAUAGUAAUAUUAAUAAUGCUGAUAUUCAUGGAGGAGUAGGAGAAGGAGGUGGUUUUUUCCCAAGCACUUCUUCUUGA